AUGAGAAGCAACGAACGAUCCAUCUGGUCUAAACACGGUAAGGGAAUUGCUAGAGAAGAUAACAGGCAACUGGCGCGUGAAACACACAGAUUAGGUGAGAAUAGCGGCGCACACGCCCCUAGUAGUGACAAAUCAGGCAAAGUGUUAGAGAUUGGUGCGAGCACUCAGUACGAAUCACUCCCACCCAUCCCUCUUCAGCCACGUGGCAAGGUACUGCUCGACAACCCAUUAGAGAACGCUACAAAAAGUGUAGCGGAGAUGCAUGGAGUUGGCGCCGACUCUGUUGAUGCCCAAACAAGGCAAGAGAAGCUUGAAAACGGAGGUAAAGAAAUGCAAGUCCUAGAUUACUUCACGUGGACAAAUUCUAGCUAUUUUGCAUGGGCCCAAUCAAGUAAGUUGAGCUAUUUUCUGACCGAACAGCCUGAGAGCCCAAGACCAAACCUAGCCCAAUUAGAAACUGCUCCAAGACCCAACAAAGAUAAAAGUGGGCCAAGCUUGCUAUGUCUUUCUUCUGCUAGUGACUUUGAGAGUUGUACAAUUAAAGUAAAGUUNCUCGACAACCCAUUAGAGAACGCUACAAAAAGUGUAGCGGAGAUGCAUGGAGUUGGCGCCGACUCUGUUGAUGCCCAAACAAGGCAAGAGAAGCUUGAAAACGGAGGUAAAGAAAUGCAAGUCCUAGAUUACUUCACGUGGACAAAUUCUAGCUAUUUUGCAUGGGCCCAAUCAAGUAAGUUGAGCUAUUUUCUGACCGAACAGCCUGAGAGCCCAAGACCAAACCUAGCCCAAUUAGAAACUGCUCCAAGACCCAACAAAGAUAAAAGUGGGCCAAGCUUGCUAUGUCUUUCUUCUGCUAGUGACUUUGAGGUGAGUUGUAACCAUUAUCCCAAGCCCAAGGGAGAUGUUAUUGCGUUGUUUUAA